AUCAACACUUCUCCGAGUGAAGUGUCUUCGCGUGUCAUCCUCAAGUCGUUAAUAUUGCUAUUCCUCCUUUCUUCUUUCUCCAAUCCCCACCUCUACUUAUCGACACUAGCUCCCGUAACCUUCCGUGUCUGACGCUAUCACAACUAUGCCUGCAAUUUCACAACCAUAUGAAGUCUUACUCGACUUCACGAACGAUACACAUGACUGCGCAACAAUCCAGCUGCUGCGGGAUUAUGGCCGUAACACUAGCGCAGUUGUUCUGCUACACCCUGGAGAAAGCCUCACCCUGGUCCUCGAAGCAGGUUCCAUGUAUAAAUAUGCUCUCAAAUCACAUUCCAAGGUUGCCAACGUGAGUGCACGGAGCUGGCGAGACAUUCACUGCGAAAUAUCGCAUCUAUUUGCUGCCAGCCCACCAUCAUGGUCUGCUUUACGUGGGUCUACGGGUUCGCCCGCUAGCGGCGUCACCGUUGACCGAGUAUGGCGGGACUAUCGGUUCAAUGUUUGGAAUGAUGCUUGAAGCGAGACCUCUUGAAGAGAGAGACUAUACCCUGAGGGGCAGAAGCCUUCAUAUGAUACCAUCAUUGCAACCAAUCA